UGGAGGGAGAGCUGCAGCUUUUCACUGUUUAAAUGUUCUUCAUCCAACAGAGACAAACUGCUGGAGGAAAAUAAUUCAUCUGACAGCAAAGAUGCAGUGGAGUCUGAUUCUGCUCUUCCUGAUGGCUCAGUGUUGCUUCAUUGACUGUCAGCUCUAUCAGUUUCACUACAUUAAUGAGAAUAAAACCUGGACUGAAGCUCAGCAGUACUGCAGAGAGAAUCACACUGACCUGGCCACAGUGACUAACAUGAAGGACAUGAAGAGACUCAUCAACAUCUCAGCUGGAGAUCAGAGUGAAGCUUGGAUUGGUCUGAAUGAUCCAACAAAUGGUACCAGAACAUGGUACUGGUCCCUGCCUGGACUGGAGUUCAAUGACAGUGAAUCAAACUGGGCCAAAGGAGAACCAUGGGAUGACUGGAUUUCCAACUGUGGAAUUUUGUGGCCCGAUGCUAAAUGGUCAAUUGUUCACUGUAGAUAUCCUGCCCUUUUCCUCUGUUACAAUGAAAUGAACACAACCCAUAAGUAUCACCUAAUUGAAGAGAGGAAGACCUGGCAGGAAGCUCAGAGUUACUGCAGAGAGAAUCACACAGACCUGAUCAGUGGAACGAAGCAACUACAGGACGCAGAGAAUAUGAUGAAUGCAUCUGGAUUUAUAGAUUAUUGGAGAAAACCAAUAUACAUUGGUCUGUUUAGCAACCCCUGGAGGUGGUCAGAUGGAAGCGGUUUCUCUUUCGAACCCUGGUAUCUACAGUUUGACUAUCAACCCAACAGAGGUCAAUGUGCUGUGACUGUGUUUGAUGAUGAAGGCAGAUGGAGGAAUGAGGACUGCAGUGAAAGAAAACCCUUCAUCUGUUAUUCUGAUGAUAAAGUGAUCCUGAUCAAGGAAAAUAAAACUUGGAAUGAGGCCUUGACCUACUGCAGAGAUCACCACCAUGACCUGGUCACCGUCCCCAACAUGGACCAACAGAAACAGGUUGAGGAGAAAGUCAAGAACGCAUCGACUCCUUUUGUCUGGAUUGGACUGCGUUUCAGCUGCAGGUUGAAUGUUUGGUUCUGGGUCUGUGAUAACUGGGCCUGGGAUGAACAGAAUGACUGCAACAUGUUUGGCUCCAUGGAGGCAGGAGGAGAGUAUCGGUGGUUCCAAAGAAACGGCAGCGAGAGAUUUAACUUCAUCUGUGCUGAUAAAUAA